UCAUUUUUAUCGGUGUUUUCGUGGAACUUGUUUGCAAAUGCAAUAACGGUGUUUCUACCCUGUUAAAACAUGCGUACUGCCUUGAUGAAUGGCUAAGGCGUGCUUCAAAUGUAAGCGCGCGUAAACUGACUGGAGUCUGUGGUCGGGCUCGCGCUUCUCUCGGCGGACUGAAAUACAUUGUAUUAACGCGAGCAGAAAACAUCUGUCGAUGAUUGGGAGAGGGCUGCUGAAUACUGAGAGAGGAACAACAAAGCCUGGAGCACUGGCAAUACGUCUCGUUUAGCGUUACACUCCCGACAGCACCCGUCCUGGACAGGACAGAGAGGACACUGGAGGGUGAUAGUGGCCGUGGACUGGACAUCACUGUGAACCAUCUGUCGGGACAGAAAGAGGGACGGAGUAAUGGGUUCUACGACGGGAUCAAACUGCCUUUUAUACCUCUGUCUGCUUUGGCUGUGCGUGGCAAGGUCUCUUGCUGCUGAUGCUGAGGAAAGGCUGGUAGAUUUUCUGCUUGGUCCUGAGCGUUAUAAUAAGCUUAUCCGGCCUGCAGUCAAUAAGAGUCAACAGGUCACAAUUGGCAUCAAAGUCUCUCUCGCACAGCUCAUUAGUGUGAAUGAGAGGGAGCAAAUCAUGACAACAAAUGUGUGGCUGACUCAGGAGUGGAACGACUACAGACUGAUGUGGGAUCCAAAUGAGUAUGAGGGCAUCAAAAAACUGAGAAUACCAUCACGGCACAUCUGGCUUCCUGAUAUAGUACUCUAUAACAAUGCAGAUGGUGUGUAUGAAGUAUCAUUUUACUGCAAUGCAGUCGUCUCCAACACUGGUGACAUUUUCUGGCUCCCUCCUGCCAUCUACAAGAGCGCCUGUGCCAUUGAAGUCCGCAACUUCCCUUUUGAUCAACAGAACUGCACGCUUAAAUUCCGCUCUUGGACCUACGACCGCACAGAACUAGACCUCUACUUGACGUCUGAUUUUGCCAGUCGUGAUGACUACACCCCUAGCGGAGAAUGGGAUAUUGUGUCUCUCCCUGGUCGAAAAAACGAAGACCUCAGCGAUCCCACUUACCUGGACGUCACGUACGACUUUGUUAUCAAACGCAAGCCUCUCUUUUACACCAUCAACCUCAUCAUUCCUUGCGUCCUCAUCACAUCUCUUGCCAUCCUGGUUUUCUACCUUCCUUCAGACUGCGGGGAGAAGAUGACGCUGUGUAUUUCAGUUCUUCUGGCUCUUACUGUGUUUCUGCUCCUGAUCUCGAAGAUCGUUCCACCAACAUCACUGGCCGUUCCAUUAAUAGGAAAAUAUCUGAUGUUCACUAUGGUGCUGGUCACGUUUUCAAUCGUGACGAGUGUGUGUGUGCUCAACGUCCACCAUCGUUCUCCAUCCACUCAUCGUAUGCCCGAGUGGGUCAAGCGCGUGUUCCUGCAUAAGCUUCCCUUUUUCCUUUUAAUGCGCCGACCGGGAAGGUCUAAUGUAAGAGAGAGAUUCAGACGGAAGCACCAGCGGAAAUCCUUCUCCUCGGAUGCCAAGGGCUUGAGAUUGGAUGGAGACUCUUACUUCUUAAGUGAUGACCCAGGGCGAGUGUGUGGCGCUUGGAGGGUCGGUGACCUUCCUGAGGGGUCAGAGUUCAGGCAGAGGGUGAAAGUCAGGCACGAUCCGGACGUGGAUGAGGCCAUUGAAGGGGUGAGGUUCAUUGCGGAACAUAUGAAGAUUGAAGACGACGAUGAAGGGAUCAUUGAGGACUGGAAGUAUGUGGCCAUGGUGAUCGAUCGACUCUUCCUGUGGAUUUUUAUCCUGGUGUGUGUCGUCGGCACACUCGGACUCUUUGUUCAGCCGCUCUUUCAAAGCUACAACACCCCCGUCGCAGAGGAAGAAUAUGGAGAUUUUUAAAGCAUCCAAGCAAUUCUGCCACUUUUGGACAAACCUAUUGACUGAACUUUGACAUCACAUGCAUCAGUUUUCAGCAGAACAUAACCUACACCACCUUAGCAUAAAUAUAUUAAUCUUAAUCACAAUUCACCCACAAUAGGUUGUUUUCAAUCAUGUGGCUCUGGUGACGUGUGAAAUUCAGAUGGAGGGCAGGAAGUAAAAAACUGAAUCGGAGACAUGGAGGAAAAUAUGUGUUUUUGCGAUUUAUAGCAUGUUUCUAAGAAGAUAAAAAUCGAAAAUAACCACACAUGUUGGGCAUUAUGCUUAUAUCAUG